CAAAAGAUAGUGAUAAAGGUGGCGAUGGGGAGCGACAAGGCCAAGUCUAAGGCCAUGAAGAUUGCUGUUGCCAUGGAAGGAGUGAGCUCUGUGAGUGUGGGGAAAGAUAAUGAUCAGCUUCAGGUGGUCGGCGAAGGGGUUGAUUCUGUGUGUUUGGCCAAAUCUCUCCGGAAGAAAUUCUGUUUUGCUGACAUUGUAAGCGUCCAAGAAGUGAAGCCACCCAAACCGGAACCG